CCUGGGCGCGCGUGCGCGGAGGAGUAUCAUGGCGCUGUGGGGCCAACGGGCUAGGUCGGCUCUACGGCUGUGGGGCCCGGGAGAUGUCACUGAAUAUUUAUACACAUCCCGGGUACAUGAGGGUGUGGAGCUCUGCUGAGAAUGUGCCCAGAUUCUCUUCAAAGGGAUGUUCAGGACACUGGCUUGGCCCUUUGGUCUUGGACCUUAUUCUCCACGGUACUGGUCUUUGAUGGCAGAACUGUGAAGUCCCACUUCCCUGAGUUACACAGUGCCCAAUAACCAGAAUUUUUUGCCUUCAGUAUUGCAGGUGGCAGAAGGUGCAUAUCUAAUUCUGUGAGUGCUUCAGGCAUUUUUGGAAGCAGAGGCAGCAGUGAGAAGAAGUUUUCUCUGCAGGAUGUAGCGGAGCUGAUUCGAACAAGAGCCUGCCAGAGAGUGGUGGUCAUGGUGGGCGCCGGGAUCAGCACACCCAGUGGCAUUCCAGACUUCAGAUCUCCAGGGAGUGGCCUCUACAGCAACCUCCUGCAGUAUGACAUCCCAUACCCCGAGGCCAUUUUUGAACUUGAAUAUUUCUUUCACAACCCCAAGCCCUUUUUCACUUUGGCCAAACAGCUGUACCCUGGGAACUAUCAACCCAACAUUACUCACUACUUCUUCCGGCUGCUCCAUGACAAGGGCCUGCUUCUGCGGCUGUACACCCAGAACAUUGAUGGACUUGAAAGAGUGUCUGGGAUCCCUGUUUCAAAGCUGGUUGAAGCUCAUGGAACCUUUGCCUCAGCCACCUGCACCAUCUGUCGAAGAUCCUUCCCAGAGAAGGACUUGUGGGCUGAUGUGAUGAUGGACAGGGUGCCCUGCUGCCCAGUUUGCACUGGCAUUGUGAAGCCUGAUAUUGUGUUCUUUGGGGAACCGCUGCCUGAGAGGUUCUUGCUACAUCUGCUUGAUUUCCCCAUGGCGGAUCUGCUGCUCAUCCUUGGGACCUCCUUGGAGGUGGAACCUUUUGCCAGCUUGUCUGAGGCCGUACGCGCCUCGGUGCCUCGAUUGCUCAUCAACAGGGACCUAGUGGGACCUUUUGCUUGGCGUCCUCGCAGCAGAGAUGUGAUCCAGCUGGGGGAUGUGGUUCAAAAUGUGGAAAGGCUGGUGGAGCUUCUGGGUUGGACAGAAGAGUUGCAGGACCUUGUCCAGCGGGAAACUGGAAAGCUGGAUGGAUGAGACAGGAGAGUGAUUGCCCUAUGUCCAGGAAACAGUUACGCAGAUCUUCAUCCCAUUUCUGAAGACAGCCUGGGCACUCAGGAAAUCUGGGCCAAACCACAGCAUGCAGCCUGAGGUAGCCUGGGUGCCUGAGGUUGCAUCAGGAUGUCUGCCAUGCAGGAUGUUUGUGCUUGGGGCCACUUGGCGAUGGUUGCCCAGGAACUGUCUGUCCUGUUUGGUGUAUCCAGCUCUUUAUCCUGCUGAUGCUUUCAAUGUAAAACAUUUUGUUCUGAGGAUGCCCCUCUAGGACGUAAGCAGACAGGUGGAAUCCUGGGCUCUCUGUAGGGCAGCUUGGCCUGUCUGUUAGACCUGAGCUUGGGUUCAGGUGAUGCACUAGGGUCUUCUAGGUUCUCUGCAGUUGGAUUAUUUUUAGAGAAAAGCUUAUCCUUCAUUCUUGCAUAAAAUAAUUUUACUAUCAAAAAUA